AUGUUCAAUAUCACGAAUGGAACUACCACCGAUCUCGGGGAUGUUGUGAUGUCAAAGGGCACUAUCUUUUUACAACACCCCAAGACAAUUUUGGGUGCUCUUGUUGGAAGUUAUUCUCAUUUAAAGGCCGAAGUAUUCAUAGUUUUGAUCGUUUUCCUUGUUAGUAUUGCACGCACGCUUUGGCCGAUCGCACUUGCGUUUUUACAUGAUGUUUACUCAGAGUAUCGAGGUUGGGUGGUGCGCAACAUUGUCUCUAUCUCAGCGGCUGUUUUUCACAUCAACGGCAUGCCGAACGACCGAAACACACUUCUUCAGAAUGCUAUUUUUAUGUACCUUUCACAACAUGUGUGGAGUAAAAAGGCGAUUCCACCAAAGACCUGGUGCAACAAGGCCUCCACCCUUCUUCUGAUGGAUCCUUUCAAGUCGCGUGUGUUUGAAAGUCGCGCAUCGCCAUUUUUUCUUUCUUCUUCAAGUGAAAAAGACGACGACAUGGUGACCCAUGGCGUCAGACGAUCGGUUAAGCAUCUUGAGCGGUUGCUGCUCAUACGACUGCCGAUUGGGGGAGAUUGGGUCGAUACGCAGGAUGAGGCUCACAUCGAAAUUAAUUAUCAUCGUCGGCAUGUUCGCAUCUCAGGCACUCUCACCGUCGAGCGCACAGUGAGUUUGCGAGCGAAAGGGUACGAUGCCGCCGCACGUCUGGAGUUCUUCACACAACGAUGCUUAAACUACUACAUUUCGCAGCUGCCAAAUUUGAACAAAAGCACUCGAAGUUUCUAUGAACUCCAGUCAACCAAUGAGAAGGAUCUCUUUGUCAAUAACUCCAGCAAUUCUAAGUCUAUUUUCAAGCGAUUCACUUUGAGUGAUGAUAAGAACUUCGACACACUUUUUUUCCCCGAUCGAAAGCGCAUUUUAAAGCUUGUGGACGACUUCCUUUUUCACCGUGGACGGUUUGCGCUAGAAGGCUUUCCACAUAAGCUUGGGUUCUUGCUAUACGGCCCUCCCGGGACUGGGAAGACGUCUUUUGUGAAGGCGCUCGCCGCGUAUACCGGGCGACAUAUCGUCUCAGUUCCACUUUCACUUGUCAAAUCCAAUCAGCAGCUUUUCGAUAUUUUCCUUAACCCUAAUUAUGUAUGUGUUGGAGAGUCGGAUGUACACACGGUGCCGAUGGAUGAGGUAAUUUUUCUCCUUGACGAUGUGAACGCAACCAGCCCACUUGUGUGUACGCGGGAGCGGAAAAGAAAGUUCAAAUGGCGUAAGCCGGCUGUGCUUACUGCUAAGGAAAUGGACCCCAUGGAUGAGAAAAGAGAAGAGUUCGAGGAGCAUAUUGUAUACUUGGAAGAAUUAAAGCAAACAAACCAGAUGACUGAAGGUAAUUAUAGGGCUCACAUCGGGGGGUCUUCUAGCCCCGAAGCGACGUUGGGAAUCCCAGGUAUGCACCCUUUGAUGCAGUCUGCGGGUAUGGAAAGCCCCCACAAUACUGGUGACUUUGAUAAAUCGGACUACAUCAUCCCCACCGGAAAUGAAUUUAAGAAGGAUUUGCUUAAACUGAUUGCGGCUGAGUCUGAACUUGCCUUGAGCAGGAAAUCUAAGUAUUCCAUACUGGAGAUGCUUCAAACGGCCGAUAAAUUGGACCUUUCGGGGUUGCUUAACAUCCUGGAUGGUGUUGUGGACACACCUGGUCGUAUGGUUGUGUUGAUCACAAACCACCCAGAGCGACUUGAUCCGGCGCUUGUUCGUCCUGGACGCAUCUCGCUACGGGUUCGAAUGGAUUUUGUGCGUUUUGAGGACCUUGCGGCGAUCGCUGGUCUUCAUUUUGGCGACUCUGCGCCACCGUCAGGUGUGUCCUUAACGGAAAUAAUGGAAAGUCUCACAACAACUUUUAGAAAGGAACAUAGCGAUGCCAUGAUGACCACACAGCCUAAAACUCUCCAUCCAACUGGCCCUACUACAAUGAAUGAAGAGAACGGAUGUUCUGCCGACAAGCUAGAUCAUAAAGUGGAUGAAGCCGAGAAAAGUACAGGGUCCUCAUUAAUGGAGCUAAAAAAUACGAAGUACAAGCAAGACAAGAGUACCAAUCAUAUGUAUCAAGAGGGUAAGUUAUGUAUUUUACCUGAAAAAGUUCCAAGUAAUGGGAUUCCAGACUACACAGAUGUCAGCAGUAAAAUGAGGAGCGUGCCCACGGGUGUGGCCGCGGCUCGUAUUCCACAUCGCAAACUUUCCGAGGCUCAAGUAAAUAUUUUAAGGGAACGGAUAGCCAAACUUGAGGCGGAGGCUGCGGGCGGGAAGACUAUUUCAGCGAAACCCCACCACUACGACAGCUGCGGCGAUGAGCCCGUCAUCAGUAAGAACACAGAGAGGAAGCGCUGCUUUAACUUUUAUAUCACACCCUCUGAGGUUGAGAUGUUGUGUUCCCAUAACGAAACCUUUGAAGAAUUUAUCGAUUCCUUUGAAAGUGUAGUUCGUGGCUAUUUGAAACUAUGA